GGCCGUUGGUUUCAAACACAAUAAAGAGUCAGCCAAUCAGAGAAGCUGUUGUUGGUCGUUGCCAGCAACGAACGUACACAAUUUUAGCAGCUAGUAAAUGCCAUGUUUGUCAGUGCAGCGACUCGAAGGCAGAUAAAAGUGCCAUUAUAAGGCUGUGAAUUAUGUGUGUUUUAUAAGGUUCCAGGUUAACGGGCUGCUGUUUUCUGUCGGCAUGAAUAUCGGAGACGGCCUGCUGUUUGAACUGGAAAAUGGAAAACCUCGGUUGAUUUUGCUCCGUCAUGGGGCUGAGAAGAAUGCUGCAAAGCAGCCGUCCUUCCGGCCCAGAGCAGCAAACAUCCUGAGCUCCAGGCAGCCGUCCUGCAUGGAGGAGGUGCAGGGAGAGGAGCAUCGGCCCCGGCAGCCGGCAGGGAGGCACCAAGAAGUCAGGCAUAAAGCCAGAAGAGCAGCUGCCUCCUUCAGCUCCAACAUCACCACCACUGAGGGGAGGAACACCACUCUGACUUCAUGUAAGACAAACGAUGAUCACAAAAGGGGCAGCAGUAAAGUGGUGGCCAAGGGGAAGUCAGACAGACAGAAACACAGCGGGACAGUCGGACCCCUCAGAGUCGAUGGGAGAACAGGACCAGCCCAGAAUGUCGGGACUCGAGGUGCUGGAAAGGCAGGUCUUAAGGAAGCACUGACUGGUUUAGAUGCAGGACUGAAAGAAAAUGUGGUGUGUCUGACCAGUGAGCAGCUCCAGCAGAUCCUCAGCACCGUCCAGACCUCCAGCAAUGGUCAACUCCUACCAGAUGACCACCAAGGACCAGGAAGUCAAACUCAGACCUCAAUGACUGAAGGAGAAGGAGGAGAGAUGAAGAAGGAAGAUGGAGGAAGAGAAGAGGAAAUACAGAAAGGAAGAGGAGAAGCUGAAAUACAAGAAAAAGACAGACGGUUGUCUGGAUGUCUGUUCAGCUGGAUGGAGGAGCGAGAGUCGGACAGCAGGGUGGCCAUCGACGCCAGGAAAGCUCGGUGGAAGAAAGAACUUGAUGAACAGGUGGCUCUAAAACAGCAGCAGCAGUGUUCGGUCCCUGCAAGACUUCAGGUGGAGGAGGAUGCAGACAGCGUGUUGUCAGUCCAGAGCUGUGUCAGCCACAGAGAGCUACCUGCUGCCAUCAGAUCCAGCCUCAGACUGGGGGAGGUAACUCCAAUGGAGGAGACGCUGACUGUAGAGAGGAAAGAAGAGGAGAGGAGGCGCUGGUUGGAGGAGCUGGACCAUCAGCGAGAGGAGACGACUGAACGCAGGAGGCGAGAGAAGCUGCUGCAGAGCCAGACAGAGGAUGUUGCGUUCUGGGCCACUCACUUUGACUCGUUGCAGAGAAGGCCUCCCGUCCAUCCUGCAGCUCCGUCAGCUCCGACUCCUGCUCAGUUCAGCAGCUCUGAGCGAGGGGAGUGGGAUCCGUCCAGCCUGUGGGAGGCCAUGAGCAGCUGUGGAGCAGAGAGUGUCGGGACAGUUAGUGUGGAUACAGUCAGCGGAUACCCGACCAGACCCAGCUAUCUCAGGACCAUGACUGCCCUGCUGGACCCCGCCCAGAUCGAGGAGAAAGAGAGGAGGAGGCUCAAACAGCUUGAGCAGCAGCGAGCGAUCCAAGCCCAGAUGGAGGAGCGCCGGCAGCAGAGGGAGCGAGAUCAGGCGAAGAGGAGGCAGGAGGAGGAGGCGGAGGAGAGGAGGGUGAUGCUGGAGAGGGAGAUGCUGCAGAAACAGUACGAGAUGGACACACUGAGGGAGAAGCAGAAGGAGCAGCCAGUUCACCAAGCAGAGCAGCCAAAGAGAGGACAUGAGGACGGUGGACAGCAGGAGACGCUGGAGCCCAGUGCUCCCCAACAGGCUGAGGGUUUGAAAGCUUCAGCUGUGGCAUAUAAAGACUCUGCUGUACAAACAGAUGCAGUUCUGUCUCUCACAGCAGACAGAGCUGAGACUCCAGACGUCUCUGCACAGUACCAGCUGCCUCCUCUUCCUCCUCCUUCUCCUCCUCCUCUUCCUCCUCCUCCUCCACCCACCACUCCUCCAAGCAGCAAGAGCCGAGCAGUGAGAACAGGGAAGGAGAACAUCUGUCUACCAGCAGGAGGAGACCCAUAUGAAGCGUUUGCCAGGAGAGACAAGAAGAGGCCAGAGUGGAACACACAGAGGCCCAGCCGUCGGUUUGUUCCCGCCUCAGAGCGCUACCCAGUCGCUUUGCAGAAGAACCGACAGGAGAGUCGACUGAAGAGGCAGGCCGAGCUGCUGGCUCUGCAGGAGAGGACCUGUCUGUCCAGGACCGGCCCACCGCUUCAGAACCAGGAGUCUGGUCCCUGCCCCAACCCCUCACAGACCAGAACCAGUCCAAGCAGGAAGGUGGAAAACGAUUCCAGCGGACCGAGCAGCUCUUCAGCCGUCAACACUGAAAGGGGGCGCUCUCCUCCUGUCCCUGCAUUCAGACACAGAGUGCAGACUCCUCCUCCUGUCCUGGAGUUCGUUCCUUACGUCAGGACUGAUGAAGUCUUUAACAUGGACCCUCUGGAGCCUGCUGACACCCCCCCACCUCAGGCACACACAGGAGCUCCUCCUGCUGCUCCUCAUCGAGACCCUCUGCUCCACCCAGAGCUGCUGCGUACCUCCCACACCCACCGGCAGCAGGAGAUCCUCAGAGGCCUGGCUCAGCUGCGACAGGGUUUACUCCAGAAGCAGAGGGAGCUGGAGACAGACCUGAAUCCUCUGCUGAAGCGCCAUGACAACGGGCGCUGGUCGCCCUCGACGACACAACGCAUGUGACCUCUGACGGCUCGCUGUGAUUGGCUGAGGCUGUUUUCCAGGAGGAACACUUCUAGUCAACAUUUGUUGGCUCUUCAGGCAGCUGUUUCAAUCCUCUGAAAUGUUGCAUUAAUAGAUAAUUCUAAUAGUUAAUUUUUUAAAGUUGGACAGUGUUAUUUUGCAAGUGCAACAGACCUUUUACAUCUCCAUCAGCAGAACCAUGCUGUCUGGCCUCAUCAUCCCUCCAUGUGUGACGGCCUCAGAGCCACAACACAAACAUUAGUGAGAAACACAGCAGGUUAAAUCUCCUUUAAGUUUGACUAUUUCACGACAAACACCUCAGUGUUUCCUUUAAACCUGCUGGUACCUACUAGAGCUGGACCCGAAUAUCCUGAAUAUCCAAAUAUUCGUUCGCGACGGCGGUAUCCGGAUAUUAAUUUUGGUAUCCGAAUAUCGCCCACCCCGUCCCCUGUCGGACGUUACCAGGUAGAACGAAUAUUCGGUGUUACUGUCUUAGCUCCGCCUUUGGCCCACAUCGGCUCAUCCCAUCGUGUGAUCUCAUAAACAUAUACACAUUUGUCUAUGUGAUCACCCCCUCCUCUCCCCAGACGAAAAUAUGAAUAUUCGGAGCUCGUUUCUUCCCUGCGCCUUCGGCACACUUCGGCUCAUCCCGCCGUGUUCUUCGGCUCAUCUCGGCUCCUCCAUUCCUGUUUCUUAACACCACCCGAAUGGCUGAGUGGCUGUAGACUCUGACGUCACGCUUCACUUCGUUGCAUAAGCACAAGACAAGAUGCUGAAGACCUCUGCUGUUUGGGAAUUCUUCAGUUUAACUGAAGACAAAAUGAAGGCAGAGUGCAAAAUUUGCGUCCAGGAGACCAGAGGAAUAGAUCCAAAUACUCAGGCGGGUCUCCUCCGGUCCGGCCCCCUCCCUCACCACCCCCCAUUGGAUGUUAUGGGGCGGAACGAAUAUUCGGAUAUUUGUCUUUAAUAGGGCCCGAAUAUCCGGAGACCAGAAACCACUAUUCGGGCCAGCCCUAGUACCUACACUAUAAUGUGUCACGGGUUCACUUCUGCAGGAAAGUAGUGAUGGCUCAGACAACCAUGAAUCAGCGUUUUUUAAAUUUUAUUUAGCACCCAUUGUUCCAAAACGGCGGUGAAAAAGGAAAAAAAAUAAAUCACUGCAGCAAACGGUACACAAAGUAUUUACAUUUGGGAAACAAAAACCUCACAAUUUUUGCAGCUAGUCACCCACUAUGUGACUAGCUUGUCCAAGCAAAGCCCCACAAUGAACCACAGCUCCUUUUAUACCCCUCGCCCCUCCCCUGGGCAACUACCAACUUGCCAACAGAGGGUUCCAGGCAAAAACAAUACCUCAUAGAAAGGAUUUCACAUCUUUCCAAUACAUUUCAGUAGUGAAAAUAAGUAAACAAAUAAAUUAAUUACUGGCUUCCCAAACAGGUUUUACAACCCGCCAGACACAUGGUUAAUCAUUUCUUCCCCAAUAAUGGAAGGUUCCAUGUCACAUGAUAUUAAAAAAAACGCGCCACCCAGCGCUUUUAAGGCGUACCGUGAAAGCAGCGUGAAAGCGGCUUAAUCUAUGGAAGGGUGAACAGGAUGCAGCAACAGCAGGUGAGUGUGUGUGUGUGUGUGUGUGUGUGUGUGUGUGUGUGUGUGUGUGUGUGUGUGUGUGUGUGUGUGUGUGUGUGUGUGUGUGUGUGUGUGUGUGUGUGUGUGUGUGUGUGUGGUGGGUUGCCGCAUCGGUGGCGCAUCGGUGCCGAGUGUGUACCUUCAGACGCCGACUGCAGCCAGCACAAAAGUCCGGUGGUGGCGAACAGUGCAUUCAUAUGAUGAUGCAUGAUUUAGACAGGGAACGGCGGCGCACUCUGUGGCCCUGGCGCUCACCGGCACGGAGCGAGAGAAUGAUGGAGAAUGACGGGGCGUUCAUCGGCGCUCCGUCACAUAAUGACAGACGGAUGUUUGACCUGCUGCUCUCUGAGCAACACUUGAUGUGAAGAUUGUAUUUUCAGCAUUGAUGCACUUUUCCUCUGUGAACGACGCUGAGUUUGAACGUGCUUCCAACAGAGAAGCUCCAUCAGAUAGUUUAAAUCAUGAAUGAAAUGUGGUUUAUUUCAGUUUCCUGCUGUUCCUGGUGCUUCUGUGUCAUUUUGGUUAUUUUGUAAUUAUUCUGUAUUUGUGUAUUUUUUAUUUAUUUUGAAUGUAAUAAAGUGAAGUGGAUUGAAA